AUGGUUAAUAUGUCAGAGAAGAAUUGGAUUUUCUGGAUUAAUGAUUGGCAAGCUCAGGUUAUUAUGGAUUCAAUGCAGCAUGUGACUCUUAAAAUGAAUCAUGUCAACUUGCAGCAAGAAGCUUUUGUCACUAUUGUCUAUGCUAAAUGUAUUACUAUAGAAAGGUUGGAGUUGUGGGAUUCAAUUGCUCAAGUUACACUGAACAUUCAAGGUCCAUGGAUAGUAGGGGGAGACUUUUAUGUAAUUUUAAAAGCUGAUGAGAAACUAGGGGGUCUUCCUGUUCAUCUGUCUAAAACUAUUGACUUUGAUCACUUUGUUAAUAACUGUGGUCUGAUGGAAUUGAAAUCUGGUAGUAGAUAUACUUGGUGGAAUGGCAGAACUGAAGAGGAUUGCAUUUUCAAAAGACUUGAUAGAGUAUUUGGAAAUCAGGAGUUCAUAAAUCUUUCUCCAUCAUCUGAAGUCUCACAUCUUAUAAGACAUGGAUCAAAAUAUGCCCCUCUCCAUGUUAUGUGUGAUACACAAGAGGAGGUGGUUGUUAAGCCUUUUAAGUUCCUAAAUUUUUGGUCUCAACAUCCAAAAUUUUUGGAAUUGGUUCAAGAUAACUGGUGCUUGGAUUUUGCAGCAAAUCCUUUCUCUGAAUUUCAGGCUAAAAUGAAAAAGGUGAAACUGGCUUUGGCAAAGUGUAGUAAGGAUACAUAUGGCAAUAUUUUUCAGCAAAUCUCAACCAUAGAAGAUAUUAUCAAGGUGAAGGAACUGCAGUUUGAAUUAAAUCCUUCCAUGUUGAAUAGAACAGAUUUACAUAAAGCUCAGGCUGAGUUAAAUAACUACUUGCACCUUGAAGAAGAAUAUUGGAAGCAGAAGUCUGGUAUGAGGUGGUUCAAGGAUGGUGAUAGAAAUACGAAGGAGGAAGCAGUUACAUUUUAUCACGAUCAGUUUAGAGAGCAGGCUACAAGCACUGAUGAUGAGAUGUUGAAGAAGAUUUCUGCUCUAAUCUCUACAGAACAAAAUGAAUCAUUUAUUUCUCUCCCUAGUAAUGAAGAGCUCAAGCUAGAAGUCUAUGGUCUUAAUGGUGACAGUACAAGUGGUCCUGAUGGUUUUUCAGGCCAUUUUUUCCAGAGGAUUGUGACAGUACUGCCUGGUAUUAUUUCUAACACUCAAAAUGGUUUUGUAAAAGGUAGGAGCAUUGUGGAGAAUGUGUUGUUAGCACAAGAGAUUAUUAAAGACGUAAACAAAAGAAACAAUCUGCACAAUGUGGUGGUGAAGCUUGACAUGGCUAAGGCUUAUGAUAGGGUGUCAUGGAUCUUUCUAACAAAGGUUUUGAGGCAAUUUGGCUUCUCAGAGGUGAUUGUAGACAUGGUAUGGAGAUUGGUAUUAACAAUUGCUGAUUCUGUGACAUUGAAGAAGAGGAUAAAGAUUUUGAGGGACUAUGAGAUUACAUCUGGUCAGCUGGUGAACAAUGAUAAGAGCUCCUUCAAUGUGCAUGAGAAAGUACCAGCAGCUGUGGCUACUGCAUUUGGUCGAAGGUACAUAUUAAUUGCACAUGUUCUACAGAAAAUGCUAGUCUAUCUAUUAUCUGCAAUGAAUCCACUGAAAGGUGUUAUAAACCAAUUACAUAAGAUCUUUGCCAAGUUCUUUUGGAGUAAUACUGCAGGUGUUAAAGGCAAGCACUGGGUGGCUUGGGAUAAAAUAUGUUUUUCCAAAGUUUGA